GUGCUAUUGCUAUUGACUCUGGGUGAUUGUACCUAUCCUAUUUCUUUGCCAGUAUUAUGGAAGUGAUUUAUUCUUUCCUUUCAUUGAAAUGUUUUCCGGUUUCCCAAUUGAGUAGGAGCCAUGGAAUUUCCAGGCUCGCUCACUUUUCCUGCCUUGCUUCGGUGCUGCAAUCAAUUGCAUCCGCUAGCAACUCAAUCUGCCUGCCUGCAAUCAAUCCAAUCGGGGAGCAACUCAAUCUGCCUGCCUGCCUGCCUUGUGCCUUCAAUUUGGCCAAACAGAAGAGCAAUGUUGAUGCUUCUUGAGGGUGACUGUUUUGCCUUCUUCCUCUGUCACAUGAAGCGGACAUGAUAACAUGAAGAUCAGGAAUGGGUGAAAUGUUGGUUGCUUCCAGAAUUGGACCAUCCCUCCUCGAGUGGCCCCCAAGUGGGUUGCUGGCCAGCUCAAGGAAACAGAUCUUAUGGAUGUUCUUGUGGUUGUGCAACAUCAUGUUGUGAGAUUAAGUGACAAACCUAACGUGAUGGAUUUGAAAGAUAGAUUGCAAAACCAAUGUAACCGUGUCUCAUCAGGAUAUUCAAUUAUUUCCUGUGACUUGAACAAAAUUGCGUGCCUCCUCAAGUCACGUUGGACAUGUUAAUCAGUUCGUGACUGAUAAACGCGUUUCUAACAUUACCAAAGAACAACUUUAAAGGCUAGGUUUAAUUAAGUAAUUAUUACUGCUUGCCCCUUUUAUGUAUCAUUUUCCUUCGAUCUUGCAGUUUCCAAACCCACCCUCUCACCCACAUUUGGUAUUUAUUUAUGCUUGCGUAUAAUAUUUUAUGAACUGGAAACAAGUCCACAGAUUAUUGAGUCAUAAUAAAAGUGCUAAGUGCUUAAUGUUCCAGAAUAGAUAAUAAUCAGCCAAGAUAUGAUUAAUAACCCCAAUGCAGAGAUUGAUAGAUAAAGAGACAGAAUAAUAGUUCUGUUAUUCUGUUAGACCAGGGGUGUCAAACUCGAUUUCAUUGAGGACUGCAUCAGGGUUGUGUUUGACCUCGUUUGUGUGUGUGUGGCCUGCUCGACAUCACUCGUGUUGGGGGCGCCUAUGGUGGCCCAAGUGCUCUGCCAGGGAAAACGGGUUCCUGAGCUCCAUUUCCGGCUCUGACAGCCUCCUGAAACCCUCUGCCAGCAAAAACGGAGCCCAGGAGGGCCUUGUGGUGGUCCUUUGCUAUUUCCAGGGUGGCCCCUUAGGCCUGAUCUAAGCACCCCAUGGGCCGUAUCUGGCCCAAGGGCCCUGAGUUUGACACCCCUGUGUUAGACAGACAGAUAUUAACAUGGCUCAGUAUUGAAACAAUAUUAGGGAUGUUAAAUGAAUGUUAUUUGCCCCCUGAAAAUAAAAAUGGCAUUUUGCUGAAAUUAUGUAUGGCUGAUCCUCAGCCCAUCUUUUAGGGCAGGGGUCACCAACCUUUCGGACCUCAGGGACCACCAAAUUCAUAAUUUUAAAUCCCGCAGACCACUAAUAUGGAUUUUUAAAAAGAUAAAUAGUAUUUAGUGCAAUAUAAAAAAUGCAAAUAAUUUUUCUGCGGAUCACUAAAAUUUUCUUACGGACCACCAGUAGUCCACAGACCACCAGUUGGUGACCACUGUUUUAGGGAAAGAACAAUGUGAGCCCUAAGGAUCUUUUCAUUCUUAAAGGGAUCCUGAGAAUCAAACCACCAUGGCAUGAAGACUGCCUGAAGUGCUAGCAGUGGCAUCUUCUCUUUCCAGAUGACCAGGAAAGCUUCAGUUUUGAUGUUCAGGUGCCAUUCCUAUGCCAUCCUUUCUCUGCCUGCUUUCCAGCUCCGAAAUCCAAUCUGUUGUAACAAAAAAAAAAAAAAAAAAGUGUCAGGGCAAAGGACAGCUCAUCCAAGGAUAAACAUUUGGAAGAAGAGAAGGGAAUUUCCUCACCCGCGUCCCUCCCGAUACGUUUUCUUCAAGAGGAAAAAGGAACUGAACUGAUUACUUGCGGGAAGUUUUCUUUUCGUUACGUCACCCGCGGGAGUAGAAUAAAAAGGGCUCCGGGCAUAAGAACAGCUCCAGUAUACAAACAGGCACAGCGACGGCUCCGGCUGCAAUGGAAAUCAGCACACACCACAACGGAAGCACGCUGCUUUUUUGUAACCAGCCGGAUGACUUGCCGAACGUGCCGGCUCUACAGCCACUCUGGGACUUUGUCCGAAGGCGGGAGGACUUGAUCAAGUCUCCGUUCUUCCCGGUGCUGUUCAAUUUUGCAAUCUAUACCGCUUUCUGCUUGCCUUUCAUCGCUCUGGAUCUGUUAAGCCCUUGGAUCUCCGUCUUGAGGAAGUAUAAAAUCCAACCGCAGGCCUCGCCUACACCGCAGAUGGUGAGUCUUUGCCUGGCUCAGAGCAUCUAUCACCACAUCGUGUGCAUCUUCCCAGUGACUGUUGCGCAUUGGUACUGGAGACCGGUGAGCCUGCCGAGCAUCGCUCCCGAGGUACCAGCGCUUCUUCUGCAGGUCGCUGUUUGCCUGCUGCUGUUCGACUUCUUGUCCUUUUUGUGGCAUUUGCUCCACCACAAGGUGCCAUGGCUCUACAAAAACUUCCACAAGAUCCACCACAAACACAUCUCUACUUUUGCUCUGACCACACAGUACGCCAGCGUUUGGGAGCUGCUCUGGCUGGGUUUCUUUGCUGUCGUUGGUCCAAUGCUGUUGAGGUGUCAUCCGUUGACGGAAAUGACAUUCUUCACGGCCAACAUCUGGUUGUCAGUAGAAGAUCAUUCUGGCUAUGACCUGCCUUGGUCAACCCACCGACUGGUGCCUUUUGGCCUGUAUGGAGGAGCUCCUCACCAUGAUCUCCACCACCUGAAGUUCAAGUUCAACUAUGCACCUUACUUUACGCACUGGGACCGCUUAUUUGGAACUCUUAGUCACGCUGUGAAGCCAAACCAAGUCAAAGGCAUCCAAGAUUAAUUUCGAUCCUCAUCUUUCACCUUAUCCUUCCCGGAGUCAAUAUUGGGAAACUCUGACGUGAAAACAAAGGGAGAAAAUUUGCACUGAACUUAUUUAUGCAAAUAUAUUUAUAAGAUGUUAAUAUUUAUACUUUGGGAUUUGAGUGUAAUGACACAAACGGUGUGAAAGAGAGAAAAACUGUGGGGGGGUUUUUGUGGGGAUAUCUAUGCUUUUAUAAAGCUGCUAAGAAAAAUUGCCUAAUAUAUAUAUAUAUAUAUGUUUGCUGGCUGAAGAUACAUAUUUAUAUAAUUAUAUAUUACAUAUAUAAUUCCUAUGGAAUUUGUCUCAUCUUCACAUUGAAGAGAAAAGGCAUAAAAUUAUAAAAAAAUGUUUUAUAAACAUUUCUAUUCAUUUGCUAACCUGAAAGUAGCACUGAUCUUUGUCCUGUGAAAUUUAAGUUAUUUAUGUAUUA